ACUAGGUCCUGAAAAGUGGUUUCUACUGAUUGGCAUUGUCCAAUAGCGCAGAAAGCAUUCACUCCGCGUUCCCCGCUACCUGCACGCCUAUCGCGGCGAACCAGCGGAGCGCGUUUGCCCGCUCGCCUCACCUCCUUCCUCCUCCGCCUCUUAUCGCUGUCUGUUCUCUCGACUUGCCACCGCCAUCACAUGCCGCCAUGCACUGCCAUUCACUGCCACGCACCACGCGGCAUUGCCGUCUCUUGCCGCCCGACAUGCACCUCCAGAGCCGACCAGUUCGAGCAAUCCGCCACCCCGUGCCGCCAGUCGUGCGGUAGAGCCUGCAGCCGCGCGGGGGCGCAGGCACGCCCCGCCUCGUGCGCCGCUGCCUGCUGGAAGCCUGUCCGCUUGCGCCAAGGCAGGCGCAAUAGCGCGCGCAGAGUGUGCGCGGCGCGCAUGGAGGCGGACGAUGGGGCGGAAGCAGCAGAGGUGGACCCAGUGGACCCAGUGGACCCAGUGGACCCAUUGGACCCAGUGGACCCAGUGGACCCAGUGGACCCAGUGGACCCAGUGGACCCAGUGGACCCAGUGGACCCAGUGGACCCAGUGGACCCAGUGGACCCAGUGGACCCAGUGGACCCAGUGGACCCAGUGGACCCAGUGGACCCAUUGGAGCAGUUUGCGCGCAUCGACCACACCAGGCAGUCACGCACAGGCAUGCCCGAGGUGGUGUACGGCGAGGGCAAGAGCGCGCAGCAGAUGGCCUCCAUCCUGGGCGCCAUGGAGCAGCGCGGCGGGCAGCGUGCCGUCAUGGCCACCCGGGUGGACGCCGAGGCUGCACAGCAGGUGUGCUCGCUCCUCCCCUCUGCCGUGUACCAUCCCCUAGCCCGCGUGCUCCACCUGCCACCAGUCGUAGCAGAAGAAGAAGAAGCAGCGGCAGCAGAGAGGAGGGAGGAGGGCGAGAGUGGUGGAGCGGGCGGGAGAAGGGAUGGGCACGUGGUGGUGGUCACUGCCGGCACCACUGACCUGCCCGUGGCUGAGGAGGCGCGGGUGACGCUGGCGCUGAUGGGCGUCCAGGUGGCGCUCAUAGCGGACGUGGGCGUGGCGGGGCUGCACCGCGUCAUCUCACAGCUCCCCAGGAUCCGCCAGGCUGACGUGGUGAUAGUGGUGGCGGGCAUGGAUGGCGCGCUGCCAAGUGUCAUCUCAGGGUUGGUGGACACGCCCGUCAUUGCGGUGCCAACCAGUGUGGGGUACGGGGCAUCGUUCGGGGGCGUGGCGGCGCUGCUGGCAGCGUUGAACGCGUGUGCGCCGGGCGUCACAGUCGUCAACAUCGACAAUGGCUUCGGGGCCGCUGCUGCUGCUGCGCGCAUACUCAUGGCAGGACGGGCCUCAACAGCCAAAUAGAGCAUGCCUGUACACACUGCCUGUGACUGGCGCUGCUGGAAUGUUGCACUUGCGCCCAGCCUGCAAGGAUGUGGCAGUGGCAUGGCACCACAAGGAGAACUCAAGAGGCUGCUGGUGUAUCCAGAGUGCAUCUUGAGUGUAUGUUGAGUGUACCUUGAGUGCAUCUUGGGUGUAUCUUCAGUCUAUCUUGAGUGUAUCUUGAGUUUUUCUCGAGCGUAUCUUGAGUUAGUCUCGAGCGUAUCUUGAGUUGUUUUCGAGUGUAUCUU